GGGUCUGUGCCACUGCGCCAGAACUGCGAAAUCACAGGGCAGGUGUGGGAAGCCCGAUUGACACCGGGUCCCCAACUCUGCGCUCCAUGGCGGUGCCUUGCUGGCCAGGACUGCUUUUGACCCUCCGCAGCCGCCGUCCACCGCGCCCAGCUGAACCGAAAAGCCCCUCUAGAGCACCGGCUGCGGCCGCCGCGCCUGACCCCUGAACCCUGACCCCGGCCUUCCCUCCGCGCAGGACAGACUAUGAAGCUGAAGGAACUUGGGUGGCCAGCUGUUCAAGUGUGGAGCCCAGUCAACCAGUACCCUGUGUAUCUGGCCACAGGAACAUCUGCCCAACAGCUAGAUGCCUCUGUUAGCACAAAUGGCACGUUGGAAAUCUUUGAGGUUGAUUUCGAGGACCCUUCUCUGGACUUGAAAUGCAAGGGAGUCCUUUCUGCCUCAAACAGUUUUCACAAGCUGAUCUGGGGGAGCUUUGGCAAUGGGCUUCUGGAAGGCUCCGGGGUUAUUGCAGGAGGUGGAGACAAUGGCAUGCUUACUCUGUACAGUGUGACCCACGUCCUGUCUUCAGGGAAGGAGCCUGUAAUUGCCCAGAGACAGAAGCACACGGGGGCUGUCAGAGCACUUGACUUUAAUCCUUUCCAGGGCAACCUGGUAACCUCAGGGGCCAGUGAUUCUGAAAUCUUCAUUUGUGAUCUGAAUAACCUGAGUGUGCCAAUGACCCCAGGAUCCAAGUCACAGCAGCCCCCAGAAGACAUCAAGGCACACUCUUGGAACCGGCAAGUCCAACACAUUCUGUCUUCUGCUCACCCCAGUGGCAAGGCAGUUGUGUGGGAUCUCAGAAAGAAUGAGCCUAUCAUCAAAGUUAGUGAUCACAGCAACAGGCUGUGCUGCUCAGGCCUGGCCUGGCACCCAGUCAUAGCCACCCAGGUAGUGCUAUGUUCAGAAGAUGAUCGUCUCCCAGUGAUUCAGUUGUGGGACUUGCGCUUUGCCUCCUCACCUCUGAAAGUGCUAGACAGCCACAGCAGGGGGAUCUUGUCAGUAUCAUGGAGCCAGGCUGAUGCUGAGCUGCUGCUCAGUAGUGCCAAAGACAGCCAGAUCUUGUGCUGGAAUCUGGGGAGCAGUGAGGUGGCAUAUAAGCUACCCACACAGAGCAGCUGGUGCUUUGAUGUGUAGUGGUGCCCUUGGGACCCCUCAGUGUUCUCUGCUGCCUCCUUCGAUGGCUGGAUCAGUUUGUAUUCCGUGAUGGGUAGGAGCUGGGAAGUCCAGCACAUGAGACAGGCUGACAAGGUGCCAGAGCAAGUGGCCCAAGCAUCAUUGAUACCUCCCCUGAAAAAGCUCCCCAACUGCAGGCGUUUCAUUUGCUGUAAGUGUAGUGGGUGUAUGGGUUUUGGGGGGAUGCUGGUUACCUUUGGCCUCCCCAGCAACCCUGCCCAUAAUGUGUCACAGCCUUGUCCUUGCCUAGUCUUCAUCAGUCAAGUGACCACAGAAUCUGAAUUCCUGAUGCGGUUAAUGGAGCUGCAAAAGGCUCUGGAAUCAGGAAGUCUCUGGAAUUAUUGUCAGAACAAGAGCCAGCAAGUGUCACUGCAAAGCGAAAAGAUGCUCUGGCAGUUCCUGAAGGUGACCUUAGAGCAAGUCUCCAGAAUGAAAUUCCUAAAGCUAUUAGGAUAUAGUAAAGAAGAGCUUCAAAAGAAGGUGGCCACACGGUUGAAGAGUGACUUGGGGCUAGGUGAGAGCCCUCAGUUCAAGAGAGAUGACCUCAACAGUAACGGACAACAGGCCUUCUACAGCCAGGCCUCCAAACACACCACAGAGGAAGCCUCUGCCUCCUCAGCUUUCUUUGAUGAAUUGGUCCCUCUGAACAUGACUCCUCGGGAGAUUCCCAUCACAGAAGACACCGAUGGACUCCUGAGCCAGGCUCUCCUGCUUGGGGAACUGGGUCCUGCUGUGGAGCUAUGCCUGCGGAAAGAGCGCUUUGCUGAUGCUAUCAUCCUGGCCCAGGCUGGGGGUGCAGAUCUGCUGAAGCAAACACAGGAGUGCUACUUGGCCAAGAAGAGAACCAAAAUCUCCUCGCUUUUAGCUUGUGUUGUGCAGAAUAAUUGGAAAGACAUGGUGUGUGCCUGUAGCCUGAAGAACUGGAGAGAGGCCCUGGCCUUGCUACUGACAUACUCAGGGCCAGAGCAAUUCCCUGAGCUCUGUGACAUGUUGGGAACUCACAUGGAGCAAGAGGGUGGCAGGGCCCUAACAUCUGAAGCCAGAUUCUGUUAUGUGUGCUCAGGGAGUGUGGAGCGGCUGGUAGAGAGCUGGGCAAAAUGCCACCAGGCUUCGUCCCUCAUGGAUCUGCAGGUAUCUAUUCUCUGCAGGGCUCUGGCCACUUCAUAUCAGGCCCAGGAGAGGCUAGUGAUGGGGAAGUGCAGGGAUAUCAGAGGUGAGUCUUCUGGGUACAGGCUGCAGCCAAGGUGUUAGGGAGGAGCAAAGGGCCCUCUGGAUCUUCUCGCAAGGGUGAGAUAUCGCCUCCUUCCCUGAGGGGAGACUGAGCAGCAGCUGCUUGGGUAUUAUAACCUUCAUGAUUUUUUACCAUUUCAGCUUUGGUUAUACAAGUUUAUCCAGUAUUUGAGUAAUAGUGAGCCUGGCCUAUC